AUGUCAAUUGACAUUGAAUCUUUCCCUGAGCUGCAAAAAGGCGGUACUUCUAACACUGUAUCCUUCUCAUAUAAUAUGAAAUUAAAGUUAUAUGAGUAUCUGGGAUUAAUCAUAGGGCUGCUCAUUGCGUUAGAACCAUCGUACAUCCAUCCCGAUGAGCAUUUCCAAACAUUAGAACCCAUUUUCACAGCAUGGACUGGAGCUAAAGGUACUGCUACAUGGGAAUUUCUUCCAGAAAAUCCUUGCAGAAGUAUCACUAUUUUGAGGCUCUAUUAUACACCUCUGCUAUGGCUGAAUCAACAUAUAUUCCACUUGAAACCCUUGGGUCUAUUGUAUCUUUAUCGGCUGCAGAACUAUUUACUCUAUACGGCAGUGGUCAUAUUCUUCCUCGAGUUUUGCGAGGUCUCCAUAACGCAUAAAACUAAAGCAAAAUUCUUCAUCAGAACCUCAUAUGUCACUUGGGUCUUUCAAAGCCAUACGUUUUCCAAUUCCCUUGAAACAAUAAUAUUGUUACUAUUCCUGUUUACUUGUCAAUAUUGCAUUUACGAGGUACGAAGUCGGCACUAUGCAACCUUCUCAUCAUGUUUCUUGCUAGGUGCAUUGAUUUCCAUCGGCACAUUCAACAGAGUCACUUUCCCUGCGUAUUUGAUCUUACCUUUGUUAUCUGUGUUCUACCAUUGCUUUCUCUCUCACUGGAUUGGGGUGGCAUAUACUGCCAUUAGUACGGCACUAGUCUCUGCGCUCAUCAUAUUGUUCGAUACGAAGGCGUAUAGCAGUACAGACUGUAAAAGCUGGGUCAUUGCUCCCUUAAAUAAUCUGCUUUACAAUAUGAAGGUGGAUAAUAUUGCUCAACAUGGGUUACACCCACGAUAUACUCACCUUUUAAUCAACUUACCUCUUAUUUGCGGUCCCAUUAUCCUACUCUUUAUUUCACAAAAAGCUGUGCUUAAACUGCCUGCAUUAUCUUGUAUUUCUGGCAUAUUAAUGCUUUCUCUUUUCAGACAUCAGGAAUUACGCUUUAUAAUACCGGUUCUACCAUUACUUUGUGCAUCGAUGAACCUUGACAAUUUCGAUACUUUCUUUCAAGCAGAAACCAUCAUAACUUCAUGGCUCGUCUUUAAUAUUGUCAUGGGAUUGAUAAUGGGAGUAUUCCAUCAAGCAGGAAUAAUACCUCUCAUAUCCUACUUCUCAGGUGAAGAAUUCCCUGUUCAUAUUUGGUGGAAGACAUAUUCUCCUCCGACGUGGAUGUAUUCCAAUCCUGAUCUGACGGUUUCUACCACGAACUUUAAGGAAAAUGUAGAGUUUGUCGAUAAUAUACCUUGGCAUGUUGUAUCAAAUCAUGUUGUUGAUUUAAAAGGUAGUGACAUUGAGUUACUAAAUAAAACUCUUACAAAAUUUUCGGAGAACACAGACUCAAUUCAGCUAAUCAUGCCAAAUACUGUUCUCGAUAAAUUGACCCCCCUUCAGUCGCAAUGGAAGUUCAUCACAGAAUGGGAGACGCAGCAGCAUCUCGAUUUAGAUCACAUUGAUAUGCCAGACUGGACUACCAUAAAGCCAGGAUUAAGGCUAUACAACGUAAGUCUAAUAGUUUGA